UCGUGCCAAGAAUGGUGAUAUAAUUACUUACGUGAAAUGAAAAGUUUAAAGCGUUAGACUUGUAUUGGACUACAGAGUGGUGACUUAUGAAUUGCUGCACAUUGAAAGAGCUUGAUUCCCGAUAACACUCAAAUACUUUCUGAAUUCACCGAUUCUAUAUGCAUUUGUUAUCGUAUAUCUCCGACUAAAAUCCUGCUAUGAAUGUGCAUUGUUAAAAAAAAAAAAAAAAACUGGUUGAAACGAGAAUUAAAAAAUAAAUGAAUGAAUACAUUACGUUAUCUUCUUCCUGUGAAAGCAUCCAUAAAAACAUAAAUCACAGAUAAUGAUACGUUGUUUCUGCUCGGUGGGAACUUAACCUAAUUUUCAGCUUUAACUUUUUACUUUUGUUUAUAUUAUGACACAGAUAAUCACCCUGCCUGAGUAAAACUUGUUUCUUCCCGAUUUAUCGGAAUUACAGAAGACAUACGACAAAAGCAUUUGAAAUGUUGCCCUUCUGCAUUUGUUACAUCUCAAUAUUCUUCCUUCUAAAUGACGUUAGCUAUGGAGAAAAGAAAACUUUUCAACAACAUACGAAGCAAUGGGAACACCAGGAAAUGCUGUUUUCAAAAUUAAUAAAUUCGUCUACUCCUUAUAACGCCAGACUGCGGCCAUUUGCCACUAAAAACAUGGCUGUAAAAGUGAAUACUAGCAUAUUCCUAUAUAGUGUGACGUCAAUCAAUGAGCUGCGAACGGACUAUACUAUGCAAAUACUGUACAGAGAAACGUGGUUUGAUGAUAGGCUAGCAUUUACGCCAGACGAAACCGUGCAAGAAAUUGUUGGUGAUAACUGGCAUGCUGGACAAAUUUGGAUACCUGCCGUUCAUCUCGUAAACGACAAUGAUUUUGGAGCUCAGAACAACGAGAGAACGUUAGUUCAUAUUGAUUCAAAUGGUAAAGUUUUGAUCAGCAAAAGGAGAAAGCUACGGCUCCUCUGUAAAAUGGAAUUUUAUCGGUAUCCUAUGGAUAAACAACAAUGUACAUUAGAAAUAGAGAGCAGUAUAUUACCAAGCUCUGAUUUAGAAUUAGCCUGGGAUGCAGAAAAACCUUUGGAUUUGAAUCGAAAUUUCAUUGUGGCUGGAUUUAUUCUAACGAACUAUUCCUUGGAACAAAGAAUGAAAUCUUAUCCAGAAACGGGAAACUUCAGUCGCAUCAUUGUGCGCUUCGAACUUCAAAGGGAAUUCGAGCAUUUUCUGUUAGACAUAUACAUACCCAGUAUUUUAUUUGUGGUCACUUCUUGGCUCUCUUUCUGGGUGGAAAUCCCAGCUGCACCAGCAAGAGUCACACUUGGUAUGACCACAAUGUUGACUCUUGUCACCAGUGAAAAAGUAAUUCGCUCGAAGUUGCCCAAAGUGUCCUACUUCCACGCAUUGGAUAUAUGGAAUGUUGUUUGUACAGGCUUCGUAUUUGCUUCAUUAGUAGAAUAUGCUUUAGUGAACUAUAUUUAUCAUAAGGAUAAUAGACGAAAAAGAAAGAAGACCCUGAAGCGAACGGGGAGUGCUGUUAGUGUUUCUACAAUAGCCAGUGAAGCAGGAUCUUCCCCAAUGUUGAUUGCCAAAAAUUCUGAAAAACUGGAGCCUGGUAUGCCGAAUAAAAAGGCUGUCUCCAUUUCUUGUUUAGCUGAGAUGCAGACUGUGAAUGCAAUAGAUGUAGGGUGGAUCCGCGAUCCAGUGAAACUGACUCCUAGGGAUAUUGCCAACGGAAUAGAUCGAAAAUGUCGUUACAUAUUCCCUAUUUUGUUUUUAGUUUUUAAUGUUUUUUACUGGUUUGUUCUCAUAAGUCUUACCUAGCUUUCGCAUGCCAUUCUACCUUAAAGAAGUGUAAAAUAGUUUAUAAUUUUAAGGAUUUCGAACAAUAAAAUGUCAUACUCAACAACAAACAAUACGAACAAUAAAAUGUCAAAAAAAUCAAUAAAAGUCAUACCUGUUUUUAUAAUAUUUAAAA